GGGGGGGGUCAGUGCGGGACGUGGCGGUGGAGUGGAGGUGGGAGGGAGCGGCGCCAUGACCCGCGGGAACCAGCGCGAACUGGCGCGGCAGAAGAACCUGAAGAAGCAGAGCGACUCGGGCAAGGGCAAGCGGCGGGACGACGGGCUCUCGGCUGCCGCCCGCAAGCAGAGGGACUCGGAGAUCAUGCAGCAGAAGCAGAAGAAGGCCGAUGAGAAGAAGGAGGGCAACAAGUAACAGGCGGCCGCGCCGGGCUGCCGCCCCAGGGCCGGUCCCGCCGGCAGGAUGCCCCGCGCCGCCCCAGGCCGGGUCCCGCCGGGACCCCCGGCAUCGCCCCGCGCCCUGCGGCGCCGUCCCCUAUUAAAGUAGCUGUGGAGCCCUGCA